GCGGCGGGACAGUCGGUCGCGUGCUUGCCAACAUGCAGCGCGCGAGGACGACGACUCCGCUGCUGCAGCUCGUGCUGGCUUCCUUCCGGAGACCACUUCAUCAUCAUCACCGCCAGGACGCGCCCUCGGUGGGGAUCAUUGGCGCGCCUUUCUCCAAAGGACAGCCGCAGGUCGGCGUGGACAGAGGACCGGACGUGAUCCGAGCGGCGGGGCUGGUGCGCAAGCUGGAGGAGCAAGGCUGCUUCGUCAAGGAUUACGGUAAUUUGACCUUCGAGGAGGUGGAGCCCGACGAGCCGGUGGGCCGCGUGAAAUGCGCCCGGGCGGUGGGCAGCGCCAACCGCAGGCUGUCAGAAGCAGUGCAGGCGGCGAAGAGGGAGGGACACACCUCAGUCAUGCUGGGGGGAGACCACAGCCUGGCCAUCGGCUCCAUCCACGGCCACGCGGCGGCGGUCGGCGAGCUGAGCGUGGUGUGGGUCGACGCCCACGCCGACAUCAACACGCCGCUGACCACGCCCACCGGCAACAUGCACGGCCAGCCCGUGUCCUACCUGCUGCACGAGCUGCGCUCAAAGAUUCCCGUGCUGCCCAAUUUCUCCUGGCUGAAUUCCUGUCUCCACGCCAGAGACCUGGUCUACAUCGGUCUGAGAGACGUGGACCCCGAGGAACACUACAUCCUGAAGCUGCUGGGCGUGAAGGUGUUCUCCAUGACCCAAGUGGAUCGUCUGGGCGUGGCCAGAGUCAUGGAGGAGACGUGUGACUUCCUGUCCGACAGAGUGAAGAAACCCGUCCAUCUGAGCUACGACAUCGAUGCCAUCGACCCGUCCGUGACCCCGGCGACAGGGACCCCGGUGGUGGGCGGGCUCACCUACAGGGAGGGAAUCUACAUCAAUGAACAACUCAGCCAGACCGGUCUGCUGUCCGGGGUCGACUUAGUGGAGGUGAAUCCUCUGAGGGGGAACACGGAACGGGAGGUCCAGUCCACCACCACAACAGCAGUGGAUGUUCUACUGGCCUGUUUCGGACAUCGACGGGAAGGAACCCACCCGCCGGACUACUGCCUGCCUGAGGCCUGAUCCCCAAUGGAAGCCGGAGAACUUAGCUAGCAAAACAUGGAUUUAGUUGAUGGUUUUUCAUACGUACAUAAACGUCAACAACGACACAGGUCUUCUUAUCGCUUACGUAAGCUCCGGUAGCUUCACUGUCACGGUUUUUACCAAAUAUAUGAAUCAUGCUGUCAAAAAUGUAUUUCAUAUUGGAUUGUAUUGGAUACAAAUGUAAGGCAUUCAGAAGACUAAUUCACUAAUGUUACUGUAAUGUUGGUGAGACACACAAGCACCAGACCCCAUGGCCGGACCAGGCUUUCAUUGCAUGUUGGAAUGAUCUCACACCAGGAAUAAUAAUCCCUAAUAAAGACAAAGAAUACUGUUC